AAAUGGAGUAACCCGACAUCAAGCUGAUAUAUUUUUAUGCAAGAAAUCCCCCCGACAUUUUGUAUGAAACGCUUCUGGUUUGGUUAAAAGUCGCAGUAUCAACCACACAAAGCGUUAUGUCGGACUCGGGCGAGCAAACACCCGAACCCGAGCAAUCGGAAGGUCCAUCACAGGAAAGCGAGGAAAGUAGACUGGACUGCCGAUUGCCAAUGCCCGAUAUUGACAGCGAAUUAUACAAUGUGCCCACCCAUUGUUGCAUGACUGUGCUGCGUUGUGUGGUCUGCGAGAUAAUACCCCACUCACCAAUCUAUCAGUGUCAGCAUGGUCAUCUCUUCUGCGCCGGUUGCUACCAAAUACGCGUAAUGGACAAGGCACAGGGCUCCGAGCUGGGCACCUGUCCCAGGUGCCAUGUUCGCAUAUAUCGCCACAAUCCCGCACGCAAUCUGGUGGCAGAGGGCACCAUUUCCGAGAUGCCGGCCCAGUGUUUCUACUGUGGUGCUCAUAUGACGCGUGCUCUCAUCCGGGAGCACGCUCUCUACGAGUGCGAACAGCGCCUGGCAUACUGUAGAUAUAAAUUAAUUGGUUGCCCCUGGAGAAACGCUUAUAGCAAGCUCAAGACUCAUGAGUCUGAGUGCGAGUGGCGCACCAAAACGGGAAUGGAACUGCUGGAAGGACUGCGGGAGCGGCAUCGCUCAUUCGAGUCACAACAUAGCAUGCUGCAAGAGGUUAUGUUGCUGAUGCAGCAGCCACGCAUCUCCAUACGCAUGCUGCACAUAAAGCCCUUCUACAAGCUCAAGUUUCCACGUAAUGAGUAUGUGAACGUGGCCGACUACCGUGUCUUCAAUCUCAGCUGGUCCGUGAUGUUCAUGUGGGAAGUGCCAGAAGAGGGUGACCUAUCGCCCCAUGAUAUGGCGAAGCUAACGACCUCACUCCAUUAUCAGCUUAGACUGGAUACCCCGGACGAGUGCACUUCGACAUUGGUUUUGAAAUACACUUUGGUGCACGGCGUCCACACAGACGUUCGUUUCGAGUGCAAUCUCCAGAAGUGUGAAUUCUCGCAAAAUCAGCUGCUCAGUCCGUCUGCGCUGCUUUAUCGCAACACCUGGAACAGUUGCGAGACACUUUUGCACGAGUGUGGGCUCUUCGCACGUCUGCUGAUAGUACGCGCUUGA